AUGUUGAACAAUAUGGAUUUGAAUGCGAAAGAUUCCUUUUAUCCUCAGUUUGAGAAUUGCAACAGUUCUACGCUAGGAAUGGAAAACAGCGUGCGCAAAGAUAACCAGGAGGUGUACGUCGAUGCAGAGCGGGGGGUACCUGCCCAGUUUGGCCACGAAGGAACACCUGCGACCCUCAAAACCGAAGCUUCCAACUCGGAAUUUGCUUUUAACCCGUGCGAGUGCCCAAAAGACACCUACACCCUUUCCUCGCUCGCCUACUCGGGCAGUUUCUAUGUUGAGGCAUCUCAGGGAGCGCCGUGCAGCACCGAAACACUGCUCAACAUGAUCACCGAGAUCGUGGGUAUAUCCACGCUGCCAAUUUCAGAAGUGCAACAGAGCGGCAGCAGUCGCGGAACUUAUCCGUCGCCUGCGCCGAUGGACAACAGCAGCGGCAAUUUUGGAGACCCCGGCGUAAAGAGGCAAACGUACAGCGGCUCCGGACCCUCUCCUCCGGUGUACACUCAGGACCAGACGUGCCAGAGGUAUUCCGAUGACCAAGCCGGCAGCCAGGCACAAGACCCGUCCACUUCCCUGCUCACCUUCGGCUCCCCACGAGCUCCACACCACAAGAAUGCUGAACCAAAGUCCGAGGCCGCGUCUUUCCCCGUCGUGGUCAAGAAUGAGUUUGAGAGCACCUGCUACGAGUGGGGGGCAUUUAACAAGACCGACUGUUUGGAGACGACUUUCCAGACGGAAACCUUCCCCAUGUCCAGCGACUUCCCCCCCGAUCAGCAGAUGGAUGUUAAGGAACUUUUGGACACGUUCCCCGCGAUUUGUCCCAACCCAGAGAUGGAGUUUAAAGUGGAGGGGGGCAUCAAGCAGGAGCCCUGUUUCUCUGACACCUGUUCCCAGAGCUACUCCAGCCCCAUGUACAAUAAUUACCUCCCUCCCCCACCGCCGAUGGGCCUCUCCUCCAACUUGAAACCCUUCACCGAGCCCCCACAGCCGUCUAAUCAGUGUGACUCCUUAUACACAUCGCCAGCUUUACCAAGCACCAUAGAUUCCAUCCUGUAUUCUUCCUUGUUGCCAGAUUCUUUCGCCCAAAGUUACACGACCCGGGUGACCAAGUCCCCCAGGGCCAGAAAGAGCCCCGCCGCCUCCCACGGCCCAGCCAAAGAGAAGCCCUUCACCUGCCCCAUGGAGAGCUGCGACCGGCGCUUCUCUCGCUCGGACGAGCUCAACCGGCACAUCCGCAUCCACACGGGCCACAAACCCUUCCAGUGCCGCAUCUGUUUGCGCAGCUUCAGCCGUAGCGACCACCUCACCACCCACACCAGGACUCACACCGGGGAGAAGCCGUUCUCCUGCGACGUGUGCGGCAAACGCUUCGCCCGCAGCGACGAGAGGAAGCGGCACGGGCGCGUACACCUGAAACAGAAGGAGAAAAUGGAACUAAAGCCUCAGGUGACCGCCGCCGCGUGGCCGUUCACUCUCCCCGAGGGGAUUUGA